UUAUCACGAGCACACCAACGGUCUGUAUCCUACCUCUCCCUCUGCUUCCUCUGUUGUCUUCCUUACCUCAUCAGCCAAACAAGAAUAAAGAAUAAAGAAUGGCUGUAUCCACUGCUUCACUUCAAUCCUUUCCUAAAUCACGACCACUCUCCUCCACUAAAUUUAAUUACAACCUGUGGUUUAGCAGUUCAGCUAUUCUAUCCCCCAGCCCGGCCAGUUUUUGCUUAAAAUCUAAAUACAAUAAUUCGUUUCGUUUCCUGGUGAAGGCUGCUUCUUCUUCUUCUUCUCCACAGAGUAAUAGAAAGGAGCCAAUGGUUCCUCCUUACAAUGUCUUGAUUACUGGUGGUUCCAAAGGAAUAGGCUAUGCAUUAGCUAAAGAAUUUCUCAAGGCUGGUGAUAAUGUUAUCAUUUGCUCCAGAUCAGAUGAAAGAGUUGUAUCUGCUCUUGACAGGUUAAAGGUUGAAACGGGGAAGCAGCAUGUGUGGGGCACCAAUUGUGAUGUUAGAGAGGGAGAAGAUGUGAAGAACUUAGUUGCCUUUGCGAAGCAAAAGCUUAAAUACAUUGACAUAUGGAUCAAUAAUGCAGGAUCAAAUGCGUAUAGCUUCAAACCCCUGGCAGAAGCUUCUGAUGAUGAUUUAAUUCAAGUUGUCACUACAAAUACUCUUGGUUUGAUGAUAUGUUGUCGUGAGGCUAUAAACUUGAUGCAGAAUCAGCCUCGAGGAGGUCAUGUUUUUAAUAUUGAUGGGGCUGGCUCAGAUGGAAGACCAACCCCCAGAUUUGCAGCAUAUGGAGCGACUAAACGCAGUGUGGUGCACUUAACCAAAUCAUUGCAGGCAGAAUUGGAAAUGCAAGAUGUUAAAAAUGUUAUAGUGCAUAAUCUGUCGCCUGGGAUGGUGACAACUGAUCUUUUAAUGUCCGGUGCCAACACGAAGCAGGCCAAGUUCUUCAUUAACGUUUUGGCAGAGCCAGCAGAUGUGGUUGCAGAGUAUUUAGUCCCAAAUAUAAGAUCAAUACCGACCAAUGGAUCAACAAAGGCUACUUACAUACGUUUCCUCACAGGAUUAAAAGCCUAUUCCCAAAUAUUUUCAAGAAUCGCGUUUGGUGCUAGAAGGAAUCGAUAUGUUCUUGAAGAAUAAUGGAUUGAUAGGGUCCAAGUUUAUUUCUCAUCUUGCUGAUCACAACUUGUGUAUAUCAUUGGAAGCCUUACCAUUUUGGACAAAGCCAUGUAAGAGGUUGGGAUGUAAUGAAGCUUACGCUUAAAGGAGUAGCUGUAUAUAUAUUACUUUCUUAUUGACCUACUAGAUAAAUAUUGAAAGGAAAUUACCGGGAAUUCGUUUAAAGGCUCUAAAUUCAUUUUAGCACCAAGAUUAGUGAUAGUUUCUUUAUAAUGUAAUUUUUAUACAAUCUUGCUUUUC